AUUCAAGUUUUAAGUUUGUAUUUAAAUUCUACGUUUUAGUAUUUUAUUAUUUUAAUGUUUUAAAAGUAUUUGCUUUAUUGUCAUUCACUUUUCGAUAAAUUACCGAAGUUUUCAAUUUGGCAUUUAAUAAAUUGAAAUACGAAACUGAUUCAAAAAGUACGGUAACGAGAGCUCUCACGAGUGUCAUUUUCCUCCUCUUGUUCGAAUUUUCCCUUAGAGCAGCAGCGGAAGACCACAGCUUUAUCGCACAUGCGUUAUAUGGCGCAAAUGUUGCGUCAGACUCUCGCAAUGCCAUUUUGAAGAUGGAUGCGUUCACGGAAUCGUGGUCAAACAUGAAAGUGCGUAGUGUAAUUCGGUUUCUGUGUAUGAAGGGUAAUUUACCAGUAGAAAUUCAUCGUCAACUUGUUGAAGUGUACAAUGGUAAUGUCAUGUUACGAAAACAUGUGUGGGUUUAUUGCACUGAGUUCGAUAAAAGCAGGACAGAUGUGCAAACUGAGCAAAGAUCUGGUAGGCCGAACACGUCCUUCACAGAUGACAACCUGUUCCGUAUUGGAGGUCUGAUUCAGGACGAUCGUCGCAUUCGUAUUCGCGAUACUGCUGAAGAACUCAACAUCUCCGUGGGUAGUGUGCACAAAAUCGUGCACGAGCGACUCAACUACGAAAGACGUGCUCACGCUGGUGCCACGGCAACUGACAGAAAUUCACAAGAUUUCCAGGAUGGGAUUGUCUCUCAUGCACUUGCAACGGUUUCAUGAGGAAAGACUUCCGUUUUUGCAGCGUAUCCUUACAGGGGAUGAAACGUGGGUG